CUCGGAGCUCUGCACUCUCCUCCGGCGGCUCGGGCGAUCGGGGCCAUGGUGGGCCCCGACCCGCCCAGGAGCGCGCGCGCUUCUUCCCCCCCCGCGAGGGCCCACCGUUGACAUGCCUCGGCGGUGCGUCGUCGAUCCCAGGUCGACGGUUCCCCGCUGGAGCCCGUCCCCACGAUGGCGCUGGCCCCCCUCGGCCGCUCCGCGCCGCUCCGGAGCCGUUUUGACCCCCUCCGGCCCGAGGGCGGGCCUGCGCGAAGCGGCCCGGCGCUGGAGCGAUGCAGGGCGCCCCCCCCGCGGAGGCGGAGAGGCGGCUGCGGCAAUGGGCGGGCCAGGAGAUCAGCAAGCUCCUGCAGAUGCCCGCCGACGGCUGCGAGGAGGUGGUCGAGGUCAUCUUCGGCUACGACGACGCCGGGGAGCUGAAGGAGUUCCUGGGCGGCUUCUGCGAAAACGCGUCCUGGAAGGUGGAGCGCUUCGUGGAGGAGCUGUUCGAGAAGCGCCACGGCAGGCCGAAGGAGCCGCCCGCGGCGCCCGGCGGCAGGGGCGCCCCGGGCAGGGGCGCCGGGGGGAAGGACGCCGGCGGCAAGGGCGCAGGGCGGGGCCGCGGCGAGGCCGAGAGCGCGAGGGGGCGCGGGCGCGGUGGCAGGGGCCCGGCCAAGGACGAGUACCCGCGGCUGCAGAUCCCCAUGUACGAGCGGGACAAGGCCGACAAGAGGCUGAUCGUGAUCGACGCCGCGUCGGGGCGGCACCCGGUACUGACCAACUGCCUCAACUGCGGCAAGGUGGUCACCGAGUCGGAGGGCUGGGGGCCGUGCCUCUUCUGCGGCAACCCCCUGGAGAUGGGCGUCGGGCGCUCCGUGCUCCACGGGGACGACCGCGGCUACCUCGGGGGCGCGACCAAGAGCGCGCAGGAGGAGGAGGAGCGCAACAGGUCGUUCGAGAGAGCGAAGGAGACCAAGGACCGCCUCCUCAACUACGACCGGAACUCCAAGCAGCGGACGGUGGUGUACGACGAUGCCACCGACUGGUAUUCCGAGUCCAUCAACCCGUGGCUCAACGAGAGGCAGCGGGAGGACGCGAUGCAGAAGGCCAAGCAGCAGGAGCAGCGCAAGCAGGACGAGAAGCGGAAGAUCCACUGCUCGAUCGACAUAUUCGGCCGCACCAUCGUGGACACGAGCGCACAGGUCAUGGCCGACAUGGACAAGAAAAACAAGCAGGAUUUGCAUGACUGGACGAUGAACGUCUCCGAGCAGAACAAGCUUCGGGACUUCGUUCAGAAUGGCACGAAAGGCACAGGCGUCAGCGUGGCGGCGGCCCCAAUGGCAGGAGACUCCCAGGACCUGUACAGCAGGCUGCGCGCAUCCCUGCACGGUGCCCAGAGGAAGCUGCAGAGCUCCGAGGGAAAGUGGGACCCCCACAGGGCCAGCCCAGAGGAAGACGACCAGGCAUCGCAGCGGAAGAGCACCCGAUGGGACGCCUCCGUGGACUCCAAUCGCGUCGAGGGCGAGUUCAGCGAGAGCACGCUUGGAGCCCUCUCGAAGUCCGCGGAGGCGGCGCCCAGGCUGCUGCCAGUGGACGAGAGCCCCUGCACCGACGAGGACGACAGCGGGGCCUGCAUCUCCAUGAACCAGCCGUGGGCCUCCCUGCUGAUCCACGGGUUCUCGCGCACAGAAGGCCGCGGCUGGAAGACGGAGCACAGGGGCCGGCUGUGGAUCCACGCCGCGGGCAAGGCGCCAGACAAGUUCGAGGUGGACACGCUGGAGCAGACGUACAGCAGCCUCUACGAGUCGAAGGGCGUCCCGGUGCCCGCGCUGCCGUCCCAGGCCGGCGGCUACCCGACGUCUGCGGUGCUGGGGUGCGUGGACCUGGAGCAGUGCUGGAGCCGCGAGGAGUACGCCAACGUGCUGAAGACGAACCCCGACAUGCCGCAGGAGGAGAACUCCUGCGAGUACAUCUUCUGGUGCCUGAGGCCCAGGAGGCUGACGGUGCCCAUCAAGAUGGGGGAGGACCAGAGGAUCUGGCGCCUGCCGCAGGGCUGCCUGCCCAGCGCGCAGCGGGGCCUGCAGGCCGUGCGGUGGCCCGCGCCCUCUGACGCCGCCGGCCGCCUGGUGCUGCCGGACCUCCCCAGGCAGGAGCCCUCGCGGCCCUCCGCGAGCUCCUCGGCCACGGCGGGAGGCGCCGGCGCGGCCAGCGCCGCGGGCGGCGCCGGCGCCGCGCGCAGCAGCGCCGGCGAGGCCAAGGCCGCCCCCGCGGCCGGCAAGGCCAAGGCCGCCCCCGCGGCGGGCAGCGCGGCCGUGGCGAGCGGCGGCGGAGGCCCGGCCAGGCGCGCCGCGCCGCCGUGCCUGGACCUGCUCCCGGCCGAGGCCCCCGCGGAGAUCCUCGAGGCGAUCACCAAGGACACUGACGGCCUCGACAGGGACGCGAUGGUGCUGCAGUCCGGCUUCGUGCAGCUCGUCGGGUUCGUGCCGGCCGACGUGCAGCAGAGGAUCGUGGACGAGAUGCGUGAGCUAGGCAUCUCGGCCAGCGGCUUCUUUCCGGAGCAGUUCGACGGGGUCAAGAACUCGCCGGGCGUGCUCAGGAUGCACCUGGGGAGGCACUGGAACACUGCCGCGCAGAGAUAUGAGGUCGACAGGGGCAACCUGGAUGGCGCGCCCGCCGCACCCCUUCCCAAACUGCUAGCUGACAUGUAUCUGGAGGCGGUCAAGCGUGCGAACCGGGAAAUGAAUUCUGGUGCCAACAAGAAGAGGAAGCUGAAGCCCUUCCCAGAGGGCAAGGCGCCAGACGCCGCGGCGGUGGACUUCUUCCCGCCCUCGGCAACCAUGCAGAUCCAUCAGGACAGGAGGGAGUCGAACGAGUCCAUCAACGCGGGCUACGCCGUGAUGGGCAUCUGUAUCGGGGAUGCCUGCGACUUUGCCUAUGGCACAGAGGCCCCCACUGACAAGAGGAAGCCGAAGAGUCUGACGCUGAAGAGCGGAGACGUGGUCCUGUUCGGUUCGGACUCCAGGCUGUUGUGGCACGGGGUCAACCGGAUCAUGCCACGGACUGCCCCGCCGUGCUUGCGCAUGAUUCCUGGACGGCUGAGCCUGACAGUGAAGGUGCUCUGAGUGAAGGCGGGCGAGUGCACCAUGCGGGUGGCUCCCUCGUGGGUGCGCGCAUCUGCUUGUCUCGUGGGCCCACUUCUUCGCCGGCCCCCUUCCCCUCGACAGCGCAGAGGCCCGACCCGCGGGGCGCAGCACAGGCGACGUCGCGCGUGGCCGCUCGCGGUGUCUCGAAGAGGAAA